AUGACCAUAUCAACUGAGUGCUAUGGAGAACAUUAUGAGAGUACAGACUGGAGCUCGACCGCGCACUCGAUCGAGCUGGAAGCACAAAUGAGAAAAGAUAUGCUUGCUCUGAACUCGAAGUUGGACAAACUGAUCCUAGCCCAAUUCCCUGUCAAGCAUUUCAACUAUGUCUCUGGAAAAGCUCAAGUUAAAGACCAGGAAGGGGAGGAGAACCAACAUGAGGUUUGCUAUAUUCAAAAUAGACAAGGAGGUUUUAGGAAUCUUCAGCAAGGAUAUAACAUUGCCUAUGGACAACAAGGGACAUACUCCACCUAUCCAAACACCUUGCCGCAACAACACCCCAGUGUACUGAUGAUAGGAUUUGUGUGUGAUGUGAUAGAUAUGAAAUGA